AUGGUGGCGGGUCACUUCGGAUUCAUCCAUUCUAGCUCUGCGGGCGGCAGAUUCCACCCCCGCAGAUUCAACCCAGCCCUCAGAGGCCAUGGUGCCACGUCCCAUUAUGACCACUCUACCCCCGGCCGAUCGACCCCCUCCCCGCCAAACCGCACCCAAGCCAUGGCCAACCACCGAUUCCUCGUUCACGAACACUACCCGAUCAACUUCACAGAUGAGGACAUUGAGUGCCCCGAGGGACAAUUCGUGCACCUCGCGUGUCCAGCGUCAAUCCGCAAGUGUGCCCACUGUAACAACCACGAGCAUCAUCCGGGGGAAAUUGUCAUCGCUUUCGACGGAGCUUGUUCGAACAAUGGGAAGGGCGAGGCUAUUGCAUCCUACGGUGUCUACCUUGGACGGGAAAACCCGAUCAACAAGAGUGUUACUUUGCGUGGGGACCGCCACACCUUGCAGGUUGCCGAGCUCGCGGGCUGCCUCAACGCCAUGCGGAUGGCAGUUGCGGUGAAGAUGACCAGCCCCUUGCGUGACGUGCUGCGUACUGUCACUAUUAAGUCCCACUCCUCCUACGUUGUGGAUGGACUGACCGAGCACCUCCGUGGCUGGAAGGAGAAGGGAUGGAAGACUGCCAAAGGGUCACCGGUUGCGAACAUUGAUCACUGGAAACGCCUGGAACAACAGAUCGAGUUUCUUGAGGCUGGGGGUGUCACGGUUAGGUUCUGGCUUGUGCCGAAGGAGAUGAACCAGCAGGCUGAAAUCUUAGCCAAGCUCGCUCAGCCGGAGUGA